AGUAUUUGUUGCAGAAUGUCUUUCAUAUUGUGGUUUUAUUUGUUUCACUGUUAUCAACACGUGAUUUGGGCAAAAAUAAGUUAUAAUACGAACAAAGCAGUAUUCGUAAGAGCUACGCCGUUUUAUCCACAGGUUAUAGAUCAAACAUGUUUAUUAAAACCGGAUCAAGGUCCGUGUAGAGCUGACAUAACGAUGUACUAUUUUGAGCCAACUACAAAAAACUGCUCAACUUUCUCGUGGGGUGGAUGUCAGGGUAACGGUAAUCGAUUCGAUUCGCGCUCCGAAUGCACUUCGACCUGUUUAAGCAGUCCUAAUCAACAAAAAACAAGACCGAAAUGGUGUACAUUAAACUUUGACUAUGGAUUUUGUUUCGGCGCUUUGAAGCGUUGGUAUUAUGAUCCGAUGUGGAAAGUAUGCAAAGAGAGAAUAUAUUCCGGAUGUGGGGGCAACAAAAAUAACUUUUAUAGUCAAGAACAGUGCGAUGCGAUUUGUCGGUUUGGAGUCGGACCUUUGACAGGAGUGCAUAAAACUAAAGAUAACAUCAAGAAAAUUCUCAUCAUUAACCCAUGGAAUGCAACUUCUAAGAGGAGUAAGAUUCAAACUAUACCUUCGUCCGCGGCACCGGUUAUUUAAAAUAUGAAAAACAGUUAAUCUCAGUUGUUUUAUUGUCAUUAAUUUAAUUCAUACAUCCAUUGUCCAGAAAUAUAACAUUGUGUGAACUAAAUUGUACAAAAUAAAUAUAUAUUCCGCCAUAUUUAUUACUAUUUGUUACAUAUAAUAAAGUAAAAUAUGUGAAAUAUAAAAAAAAAA